AUGUCAAGACGAAGACACCGAGAGGCGUCACCCUCGAUUUACUCUUCAAACACCCUCAGCCUUGCCCUUCGUUCGCCAAUCGAUACGCCCGGCUACAUCCCGCAGAGGGCGGGGCAGCGGCUCCAGCGCCAGGGAGAGGCGAAUACGCAGCGAGACCAGCCCGAUCAGUCGCUGUAUCCCCCCCGGCCUGCCCACAAUGGCCAAGGCCAAUCGCUGGUCAUUCGGACACACGACGCCCAGUCGAUGGCCCGAGAUCGAGACGUGAUGUCCCAGACGAUUGCCUCUCCUAUGGCUCAGCUUUAUUCCUUAUCGAGAGACCCGUCGCCGUUGGCAUCCUCGCAUAUCGCCAGUCCCAUGCAGGUGCUCUCCCCACCAAGACGCACGGCUCCCGCGCAAAUCCUCAGCGAUGUUACGCAGUUUCACCAAACAUGGACCGACAUGUUUCAGAGGAGGGACGAUAGGCUGAUCAAUUCUUUUGACUGGGAUGGAACGGUCUUGACAAUCCGAGGCCAGCCGCUCGUUAAUCGGCAACAACGCAUGAUACCGCCUAACAACAAUGUCUCGAGCAUGGGUACCCAAGAGUCUAGCGACAUACAGCUUGUUGCAGAAUCAUGGAUCGAUGAUACCAGCGAGUUUUCCCAGCAAACCUCCACAAUUUCAGGACAGCUCACCGAAAGCGAUCAACACAACACGCAUGACUACUUGGAUAAUGGAUUGUACCCUCCUCAAGAUGGCGAUGGCAACUAUAUCGCAAGCCAGGCCCCAAGCCCCCAAGAGCGCCCCCAAGAGCACCAGGCUCCCUUUGGUCAGGCCGAAGGCUCAUAUCUCGAUGUGAGGCUUGGUCUAGAGCAAAUGGUGGCAAAUCUCGACGCACUAUACCAACGACCAAACAUGGGGCGGGACAUCAGUGGCUAUGGGCGUGGUAUGCUCGGCGCCGCAGAAGGAAAUCCGCAGACGCCUCAGGACUAUGAUGCAAAUGCCGAUAUAAUGCAAGGACACUUCCCUGUACUGCACGAUAAGUCCUCAUUCAUCUGUCCAUAUGCAAUGAGGUACCCAGAUCUUGUGCAUCACAACUGCUUUCAGAAGAUCAACACAAUCCCGUACCUGAAACAGCAUCUGAGAAACGUCCACCACGAUGCCAUGAACUGUCCUCAUCAAUGUCAAAAGAAAAGAGCAGAGGCACUUCAUCGACGAAGCCGAUCGUAUAACGCUCUCCAUUACGAUUCGGGUACAUGUCUUCAGAUCAAACAGCGUAGCGACCGAUCAAAAUCACAUAUACAGCAAUGGGACCGCAUCUAUCAAAUCCUAUUUCCCCACACGAGCCGCAUCUCAGACCCUUGCAUCAAGGACUGGACGAUCAAGCAGUUGAGGACUAUUUACAAAUUCAAAGAAAAGCAUGGCCCCGAAUGCCUGGCUCCCGUUUAUCACCAGCUGCACUUCCAAAUCAGGCAAGCCUUUCCAGAGCCGGAAGACUUGUACCGAAUGGCAUUCUGUACAUGGCUACCAAAGGUGUUUGAACAGCGAUUUCCAACACGAGGUCAAGAACUGCUGGGCGAUUUCCUAAAGCAAAUAAAUUCUGCGCAGCGUCGCAAUUCCCACAUUCUCGAUACCACCCCGAUAUUCCUAAAUGGGGACACGUCGGCAUCAGUCUUGCGCAGAGUCCAGAUAGGGCAACAAGACACUUCUCGUCCAUCAAUACCGCCACACAUUGAGACUGGCUCUGAUAGAACAAGCUAUUCCGCGAUUUUUACGCCCUUUGCAAUACAGCAGCAACAGGGCCCCAUCCAACCUCGGGCAGACGAUACUUUUUUCGAGCCUCAGCAUAACUACUCUCAACACUCCGUGCCUCAUUAUCUCUCGAACCUUCAGUCUCAAACAGAUAUUGGUUAUCUUGAGUCGACACCGGAUAUCCAGGGCCCUGAAUACGACUCUUAUGACUCGAAAAACUUCUUGUUCGAUCAGUGCGCCCCCUUGCCUGGCAGUCCUUCCCAAUUCUUUGCAGAUGUCGCCAUGGAUAUGGAAGACAUUGGCAUUUCAGAAACAGAUAACAGAGUGCUCACGUAUCGCUUUGGCGCAUCAAGUUCCAGCGAUUUGCUCUGA